CUUGCCACUUCAGGUUCCCUGGUUUUGGUCUACAUUCCUCGGUCCUCUGCUGUGGAGUCUACCUUCUGCUUCACCUCAUUCUGGAGCCGCCCAUCCAGUCAGCGGCCCAUGUCCCCCUGGUUCCCUGUUUCCUGAGUCUCCAUGGACCUGAGUCCAGAGAAGCACUCUGAACUUGAGGACAUCCGGCUGAGGAAAGGAGCCCUUCUGCUGGAGAUCCAGAGGCUGCGGGAGGCGCUGAGAGAGGCCCUCAUGGAAGUGGAGGUCCUUGAAUCCAGCACCAAACGCAGCCAAAUCUUAGAAAAGAAUAGGCAUGUCGCCAUGGGAAGAAAGAAAUUCAACAUGGACCCUAAGAAGGGUAUCCUGUUCAUGGUACAAAACAAUCUUCUCCGGCACACGUCUGAGGACAUCGCCCAGCUCCUAUACAAGGGAGAGGGGCUGAACAAAACAGCCAUUGGGGAUUACCUGGGUGAGAGAGACGACUUCAAUAUCCAAGUCCUCCAAACAUUUCUUGGGCUUCAUGAAUUCGUAGGGUUCAACCUGGUACAGGCUCUCAGGCAGUUCCGUCUGCCAGGAGAAGCACAAAAGAUUGACAGUAUGAUGGAGGCCUUUGCGCAGAGGUACUGUCAAUGUAAUCCUGGAGUCUUCCAGAACAUUGACACUUGCUAUGUACUUUCAUUUUCCAUAAUCAUGCUAAACACUAGCCUUCAUAAUCCAAAUGUGUGAGACAAGCCCAGUGUGGACAGGUUCAUCUCCAUGAAUCGAGGAAUCAAUGAUGGAGGCAACCUGCCAGAUGAUCUCCUCCGAAAUCUUUAUAAGAGCAUAAAGAAUGAGCCAUUCAAGAUUCCUGAAGACAAUGGGAACAAUGCCUUCUUCAACCCUGACAGAGAGGGUUGGCUCUUCAAAAUGGGAGGAGGACGGGUGAAAACAUGGAAAAGGAGGUGGUUCAUCCUGAUGGAUAACUGCCUUUACUACUUUAAACAUACUGCGGAUAAGAAACCCAGGGUGAUCAUUCUGCUGGAGAAUCUGAGCAUCCGUGAGGUGAAGGAUCUCAGGAAGCCUAACUGCUUUGAACUGUACAUCCCUAACAACAGCAGACAGCUGAUGAAAGCCUGCAAAACGGAGGCGGACGGCCGCCUGGUAGAGGGCAAUCAUGUGGUGUACCGCAUCUCGGCGCCAACCCCUGAGGAGAAGGACAAGUGGAUACAGAGCAUCACUGCUGCUGUGAGCGCUGACCCUUUUUAUGAGAUGCUGGCAGCAAGAAAAACACGGAUCUCUUAAAACAGGGGUGUCAGACUCAUUUUCACCCCGCGCCACAUCAGCAUCAUAGUUGUCACCUUAUUCGGCCCUCAGGAAACCACCAUGUCCCCCACAGACGUCCCGAUGUCAUGUAUUUGGUGCCAGAAUUAUAGAACACACAGGACUAUUUGUGCCAGAUUCCAGAGGAAGAAGUCAACCACUGUGAAAAUGACUGCAUUCACAGACGUGACAUUGCUUGUGAUGAUGAUGUCUUCACGUUGUGCACCUCUGUCAUGGCAGAGAAUGGUCUUGAUGUUCCUCUGGAUGCUUAUAAGGCAAUUGACCUCUACCUGCGCCUACGAGAAGAAUGAUCAGUUCUUCUACACAUUGAACGAUAAAGACUGUGUGAAUAUGUUUGGAUGAGCUAUUGCAGAAAGUAUUUAUUUCAGAACAAGGAACUUUGCACAAAACAACUGACUAUUUGACUAUGAUCGCCCACUCAAACAUUUGGGCCCAAAAUUGUUGUUGCAGACAUUCUUUGCCUUUAUAAUGUGGUCUCACAAAGUAAUGUUUAACCUUAAGGUAGCAUGACCGAAUUCCAGGUUUUGUUUUGAUGCGACUUAUUGUUCACUACAGAUUUUAUCAUCGAAAUGCCCUGUCCUUUUUUGUAUAAAUGUGAAAUUAAAUGUUAUUUGCACUGUAUUGCUGAUCUUUAUGUCAGAGAACCUUUUUUUCUGAGAAUCCACACUGCUGUAAAUUUGCAUCAACAUGAUUGGGAUUGGGAUGGAAAAAUUAUUUUCCAUCUUAACCCAUAUUCUA